CUUUGUAGCUAUGGAAGACCCUGAGUCAGUUGCCACACUGAUAGAUUCUACAACUUCUAAGAUACAACAGCUCCAGAAGGCCUUUGCUGAACUUGAAAGCUAUCGAGCUGUCACGCUCAACUUGAAAUGGAAAGAGCUUGAGGAGCAUUUUCAUGGUCUUGAGAAGUCCCUGAAGAGGCGUUUUCAUGAAUUGGAGGACCAAGAGAAAGAGUUUGAGAACAAAGUGGUGAAAUCUCGGGAAAUGCUGGAGAAGCGCGAAGCUGCUGUAUUUGCCAAGGAGCAAGCUUCUUUGGAGAAACUUCAAGAGAAAAGAGAUGAUGCUUUAUUCGCUAUUGUUAAUGCCCGAGAAAAGCACAGGAAGGUUUCAUCAAAAGAAUCAGCUAUUGUCUCUAGUGUGAGUCAGGGGACACUGGGAGUGGAGGAAAAACCAGUGGAAGCUGCAUCUGUUGCGGGGGAAGGGAACUUUGGAGAUAUGAAAUGGAAUGUGGAACUUAUGGCCUAUCCAGAGUUGGUUAAACUGUGUAAAGAGAUGGAUGCUGGAGGUCUUCACAAAUUCAUCUCGGAUAAUCGUAAGAACCUUGCUGCUGUAAGGGAGGAAAUACUACAUGCAUUACGAGUUGCCCCUAAUGCUGCCCGUUUAGUCCUGGAUUCUCUGGAAGGGUUUUACUGUACAGAACUGUCAAAUCAGGAUGUAAAGAAGGAUGCUAACUUGUUGGGUCUUCGUCGAACCUGUAUCAUGCUGAUGGAAUGUCUAAGUGCUUUCUUGGCCAACUCAGAUUUCGCUUCUAAUGUAAUUUCAGAAGAUAUCAAAGAGAGGGCAAAGGCAGUUGCUGAAGACUGGAAGCCUAGAUUGGAGGCUCUUGACAUGGAUGCCAGCAAUGGGAAUUCCUUGGAGGCUCAUGCCUUUUUGCAGCUUAUUGCCAGCUUUGGUAUUGCCUCUGAUUUUGAUGUUGAUGAGUUAUCCAGGCUAAUUCCAAUGGUGUCUCGCCGUCGCCAAACCGCUGAUUUAUGCCGCAGCCUUGGGUUAUCAGACAAGAUGCCCGGUGUAAUUGAAGUUUUGGCGAAUAGUGGGCGACAAAUUGAUGCAGUUAACCUGGCUUUUGCAUUUGAUCUUACAGGACAGUUUUUGCCAGUUCCUUUACUGAAAUCUUACUUAAAAGAUUCCAGAAAAGUUUCUUCACCAGUCAGAAGUGUUAACUCUUCUCCUGCUGCACAGAUUGAGGUUAACGAGCGAGAGCUAGUUGCUCUUAAGGCUGUAAUCAAGUGCAUUGAAGAGCAUAAACUUGAAGAUCAGUAUGCUCUUGACCCUCUCCAAAAACGAGUUCUUCAACUAGAGAGGGCCAAAGCGGACAAGAAGAGGGAAACUGAAGCUACAAAGCCUCAACCUAAGAGACCCCGCGCCAAUGGCGUGGGAUAUGGUCCCCGAGUUACUAACUUCCCUUCUGACAAAACCUCCUAUGCUAGAGUUGCUGACAGGUACCCACCACAGUAUGUUUAUGACCGACCUUACAUGUAUCCUGCACCAACUGACAAUCAUUGUCCUCCUCUCUUCGGUUCUGCCACGUAUAACAUCUCUGCUAGCCAUGGAAACUACUUUGGAAAUGGGUAUCAGUAUCAAGCUACAUAUCUCCACUAAGUUAGCAAGCAGAGAUGGUGAAUGCAUGACUUUGAUCCUUCCCUUUAAUGUUGUAGCCUUAAGUCUUAACCCUUAAGCAGCUGUUGUAUUGUAUGUUGUACUUUAUCAAUGUAAUAUUUAAGGAUCCUGAAAACGAGAUAAAAUGACAUGUUAAAAUUUAACUUCGCAGUAGAACAUAUUCUGAAAUCUGAUCCUCUAAUGUAUUAUGUAUGCACGAUCUGUUUAAUUUUUGUAAAAGACACCUUGUUGACUUGUAAA